AGUCAAGUAAAUCGCAGUGCCUUGUGAAAGCUCAUUGCUGAUUCACCCUCCCGCUUCAGCCCAGCCCUGGAAGUUUCCCUCUGCCAGGCAAAACCUUCGUGAGAGGAGACCGAAGAUGAAAGUCUGUGCUCCUUUCACUGUUGUCUUGGCUCUGACUCUGAGCAGUGACUGUGCGAGGAUGCACUACAAAUCUGGGGCAGGAAGAGGCUCAAAACAUGAGUUCACUCGCCCACAAGUGUUUACGGAGGAUGGAAAUUUAUGCAAAUUUCCUUUCCGGUACGGUGGAAGGUUUUAUCACUCAUGUUUAUCAAAUCUAUUUUCCCAAAAGAAAUGGUGUUCAACAACACAUAACUAUGACCGGGACAGGAGAUGGGGACACUGCGCUUCGCUGCCCGAAGACCACUCAGAUCACUGUGCAAACAACCCUUGCCAAAAUGGAGGGACCUGUUCUUUUGCUCAUGGCCAUAGGAUGUACCACUGUACCUGUCCCGAGGAAUUCACGGGCGAGGACUGUCAGAUGAAUAAAUGUUUUGACAACAGUCUCUAUGAGUUCUUUGAUGUGGGCAUGAGCUGGUCAAGAGUCCAACAAGGAGCUGUGGAGCAGUGCAUGUGUGUGAACGGUCAGAUCGAGUGCAGGAGUGUCGAACACAAAAGUUGUGUUCAUGAUCCUUGCAUGAAUGGUGGAGAAUGUAAAAUGGUUACUUUCAGUGGGAAAAUAGUAUGCGAUUGCAAAGGAAAUUAUGCAGGAAAGUACUGCAGUAUUGUUCCAAGCCAUCGGUGCUAUGUCGGCAAUGGCACGGAGUACAGAGGUACGGCAAAGACGACCAUUUCUGGACACAGCUGCUUGCCUUGGGAUUCAGACUUGCUUUACCAAGAACUUCAUGUCGACAGCAUUGAGAAAGCUGUACAGCUUGGCUUGGGGCCGUUCUCUUACUGCAGAAAUCCAGAUGGUGAUGAGAAGCCAUGGUGUUACAUCAUGAAGGAGAACAGUUUGUCUUGGGAGUAUUGUGACAUUCCAUCUUGUGCAAGCAGGGAAAGGAGGCCACCAGUUCCAGACAAUGUAGAUAGUUUUGCAGUUACCAGAAGACCAUGUGGGAGAAGACACAAAAAAAGAAGUUUUGUGAGACCUAGGAUUGUUGGGGGAUCUUCAUCUCUGCCUGGAUCUCACCCCUGGACAGCAGCUAUAUAUAUUGGAGAGAGUUUCUGUGGUGGAAGCCUUAUUCAGACUUGCUGGGUUGUGUCAGCAGCACACUGCUUUGCUAACAGCCCACUAAAAUCCACUAUUAGAGUAGUUCUGGGUCAGCAUAUAUUUAAUAAAACGACUGAGGUAACACAAACAUUUGAAAUAGAGAAAUAUAUCUUGCAUCCUCAGUAUUCUGUGUUCAACCCUACUGAACAUGAUAUUGCUUUGAUUAAGCUGAAGAAGAAUGGCCAACGUUGUGCUGUCAAGUCCCAGUUUGUUCAGCCCAUCUGCUUGCCAGAAAGUAACACUGUUUUCACUGAUCAGUUCAAAUGUCAAAUUUCUGGCUGGGGACACAGGCAUGAGAAUAUAUCUGGUUAUUCACAUGUCCUGCAAGAAACACUGAUUCCAAUUAUUCCUGACGAGAAGUGCAGAAGCCCUGAAAUUUAUGGAACAGAAAUGACUGAAAAUAUGUUCUGUGCUGGCUACUUCGAUAGCAAAAGCGAUGCUUGUCAGGGAGAUUCUGGUGGACCUCUGGCCUGUGAGAAUGAUGAAAUCUGUUACCUCUAUGGAGUUAUCAGCUGGGGAGAUGGCUGUGGCAGAGUCAACAAGCCUGGAGUAUAUACACGAGUGACAAACUAUGUAAACUGGAUUAAUGAGAAAAUAACCCCCCGAAAAACUAGUUGAACAGUUAAAUAUGCUAACAUUUGAAGUAGGGUUCAGGAGUCUUUUGGUUUCAUUAAAGUGGCAUAAAUAUCUUACUAUAAGCUAAUAUGAAAACUGUCCUGGUAAUUCUUAGCAAUUCCAAACCAGACCACCAAAAGUAGGCCUACUCCAUCUGAUGUAAGCAGCCUUGAUCUAGAACUUUAGGGCUGUGCAUUGCUCAAUAUACGAGACUGUCUUUAUUUGGCUUAAUAAAACAAACAUGUUGAGACAGUGCAGUGCACCAAAAUCUACAACUGUUUGUCAGGUUGGUGGAUUACAUAAAAAGUGAUUUGAAUGUGUUUGUGCAGUUUCUGGUGGAGCUGUCAUCCCCUAAACCAAUCAGUAACAACGUUAUCCUUGUAUUGUCAGGUGAGAUAAAAAAAUAAACAGGAGGAGCACCAAAAAUGAAACUCCCUCCCCCUCAGAAAUGAUCUCUUGAAGUUCAGGUCAAGAGACACCAAUAGAGUAACACAGGUGAGGCUGCUCCUCAGCUGACUGCAACAAACCAGUUAUGGGGAAAAAACAGAGGGUUUAGGUUUUGGUUCAACCAAACAUGUAAGCAUAUUUUUAUGUUCCACUGACAUAAAAGCAGGAACAUGCUGCAGAGCUCUGCUGAAUCUGGUGUGCAAUUUUCCAGCAAGGUUAAUGCAACACCUCCUGAAAGCACAAAGUUUCUUGCUGAAAAGUAUUGGAAGUCAGAGCACCUGAUUUCAAGUGGGUGCAGUUAGGACCUUUUGCAGACUGUGAGCUGCUCCUCACCCUGAGGAUAGCAGUGGAAAUAAUUCACCUUGAUGAUAAAUGCCUAAAUGUUUCUUAAAUUUGAGGGUGUUUUGAAGAUGUCUUAGAUUUUGUACUAACAAGUUGUUCAGCUGUUUAGAUAAUUCAGAAAGGAGGUUUUCUCUUAACAGAUUUUUAAACUGGAUGGCUGGGGGAGCAGCUUGACAUUUGCCUUGGGGAUUUGGUGAUAUCAUAAACUACAGGCUUUGCUGUCAUGGUCUACGGAAUUGUUAUGGGAACAAUCAAAGGAAUUAUUACAAUAUACAGCUGUUCAGAGGCCGUGGACUCAGCUGUGUUAGCAAAAAAGGCAGAAAAUGAUUCAAUGAAAAAAAUCUAAUCUGAUAAAGAAGAAUGGAAAAUUGCAACUUUUUUUUUUUAAUACCGGGAACCUUUAGCCCGGUAAAAAUAUACAGAUGUGUAUAUGUGAAGGUGUUGAUGUAAAAUGUAUUUCUUCUCUGAUAGUUAACAUUUUUGAAUUCUCUUAAGUGUUUCAAGCAAAGCUGUGCUUUAAGAUACAGAAUUUUAAAGUGGUGCCUAGAUACUCAGAUAUGUGUUUUGUUUUAUAGUACUGGCAGUGUCUUCAUGGGUUUCUUAGUUGUGGUGAAUGAUUUCUGCAGUUAAAAGAAACUUUGUAAGGAAAAAUAACCAAAACCUGAAUUUGCGUAAGUACAAAUACAUAACAAUGCUAAUCUAGAUAAAUGAUGUAAACUGUUUAAUAAAAAUGUUUACCUGCUA